CACUCAAUAUAUAUAUAUGCUUUACCCCCAUAUACUCUCCAUCACUCUAGUCCGCGAUUCUUUACUUUCAAGAAGAUGGCAAAAAGAGACGAUGAAACAGAAGGUAUAGAGAAGUCGAGGGAUCAAUAUGGGGAGGAGGAGCAAAACGGAGACAUAAAGAGAGAGACAUGGAUGGAGACGAAGAAGCUAUGGCGUAUCGUUGGACCGGCCAUAUUCGCCAGAAUCUCGACAUACUCGAUCUUCGUCAUCACUCAGGCCUUUGCUGGCCACCUCGGGGAGCUAGAACUCGCCGCCAUUGCUAUAGUCCAAAACGUCAUCAUUGGCUUCAGCAUCGGCCUCUUUCUUGGAAUGGCGAGUGCGUUGCAGACGCUGUGCGGACAAGCGUUUGGAGCGAAGAAGUAUGACAUGUUGGGAGUGUAUAUGCAACGAUCUUGGAUCGUUCUCUUUUUAUUUGCCAUCUUACUCCUUCCUGUGUACUUGUUUGCGUCUCCGAUUCUUAAGUUCUUCGGCCAGCCUGAAGACGUUGCCAAGCUCUCCGGUACCGUGGCCUUUUGGACCAUUCCUACUCAUUUCGUGUUUGCCUUAUAUUUUCCUCUCAGCCGAUUCUUGCAGUGUCAGCUCAAGAAUAGGGUGGUUGCACUUUCUUCUGGGGUGGCACUUGUAGUUCACAUAUUUGUGUGCUGGCUUUUUGUGUAUGGUCUUAAACUUGGACCCAUAGGGACUAUGGCUACUAUUAACGUGUCAUGGUGCCUCAAUGUCCUCAUCUUAUUUACGUACGCCACUUGUGGCGGUUGUCCACUCACUUGGACUGGUUUCUCCAUUGAAGCUUUCACCAGACUAUGGGAAUUCGCUAAGCUCUCUGCUUCUUCUGGAAUCAUGCUUUGCUUGGAGAAUUGGUAUUAUAAGAUUCUAAUAAUGAUGACUGGAAAUCUGAAGGAUACAAAAAUUGCUGUCGACUCUUUGUCUAUAUGCAUGUCAAUAAAUGGUUUGGAGAUGAUGAUACCACUUGCUUUCUUUGCCGGGACCGGCGUGAGAGUGGCGAAUGAGUUAGGAGCAGGCAAUGGAAGAGGAGCAAGAUUUGCAAUGAUCAUAUCAGUGACAGAGUCGUUAAUCAUCGGAAUAGUAUUUUCGAUGCUUGUAGUAUUUCUUCAUGAUCAAAUCGGCUGGAUCUUCUCUUCAAGUGACACUAUCAUAAAAGCAGUUAAUGACCUUUCUAUUCUUCUAGCCUUUACUAUUCUUCUCAACAGUAUCCAACCGGUUCUUUCUGGUGUUGCUGUUGGUUCGGGUUGGCAAUCAUUCGUGGCAUAUAUAAAUUUGGGAUGCUAUUAUUUCAUCGGACUUCCACUUGGAUUUGUCAUGGGCUGGAUUUUCAAGUAUGGUGUCAAGGGCAUUUGGGCUGGUAUGAUAUUCGGAGGAACCGGGAUUCAAACACUGAUACUGAUUUUUAUUGUUAUGAGAUGUGACUGGGAAAAAGAGGCACAAAAAGCAAGUGUGCACGUUAAGAAAUGGUCUGUCUCAAACUCAAGAAACUGAAGAUUGUAUCAGAUAUAUAUAAAUUACACAAGUGCACAUUCCAAAUAUUUAGAUCAUGUCGAUCGUGUGAAACAUAUUAUCAUAUAUAUUUUUUUUUUUGAACAUCUAUCCUAUCGUUUCAAUGACUCAAUCUUACAUGAUUGGUUUAUUGAAAUGGGCAAGUAAUAAGAUGGGUGUAUGAACAUGGUUCGCAUUUGGAUAAAUAACACAAUAAUAACAUAACAUGAAUCGCAGUUUCAAUAAUAUAAAAAUAUAAUCACAGUUUUAUAUUUUUUUUAAUACCAAUCUGAUAUUUUAAAAUAUUUAAAAUAACAUUAAUAGUUUUAUAAAUCAAAACUUAACUCGUCUGAGAGGCCCAACAACACUGCAGCCUACAAGCUAAAAGUCUCAUGCGACAGCCUUUACCAUGGAAAAAUAUAUGCUGUUUUUUUUUUUGUCGAAAAAGGUCGGAACAAUCUAAAAGUCAUUCUGAUUGGUUAAUUAAUAAAUGACGCGGAUAUCAAAGGAUACACAAGUUAUUCUGAUUGGUUACAUAACAAUUGACGCGGAUAGAUAGAUGCAAACAAUCUCAACCGUCAAUAAUCCAAAAGAUCCAACGGAUCAAAAACAAACACAUCAUCUCUCGCUUCAGUAUAAAAAAACACAUCCCAUCCUCACUUUACGCACAUCAAUUCACAUUCUC